CUUUGGGUCUGCCCAUCACUGACGCCCAGAUUCAGGAGAUGGAGAGCCACGAGCUGGACAUCGACUUUGCCAUGGCGGCCGAGGAGGAGCGUAAACUCAGGCAUGACGUCAUGGCUCACGUCCACACCUUCGCACACUGCUGCCCCACUGCCGCUCCCAUCAUCCACCUCGGUGCCACAUCCUGCUACGUGGGAGACAAUACUGAUCUGAUUAUGCUGCGUGAUGGAUUUGACAUUGUCUUGCCUAAGCUGGCCAGAGUCAUUGACAGACUGGCAAACUUUGCAGAAAAGUACGCUGACCUCCCCACGCUCGGCUUCACGCACUACCAGCCCGCCCAGUUGACCACGGUGGGAAAGCGGGCGUGUCUGUGGCUGCAGGACUUGACCAUGGACAUGAGGAACCUGCAGCGAGCCCGCGAUGACCUGCGUUUCCGGGGGGUCAAGGGGACCACCGGCACUCAGGCCAGCUUCCUGCAGCUCUUCCAGGGGGACCAUGACAAGGUGGAAGAGCUUGACAGAUUGGUGACAGAGAUGGCGGGCUUCAAAAAAGCGUACCUGGUGACUGGACAGACAUACAGCCGUAAGGUGGACAUUGACUGUCUGUCCAGCUUGGCCAGUAUGGGAGCCACUGUUCACAAGAUCUGUACAGACAUCCGCCUGCUCGCCAACCUGAAGGAGAUUGAGGAGCCUUUUGAGAAAGAGCAGAUUGGUUCCAGUGCCAUGCCUUACAAGAGGAACCCCAUGCGUGCAGAGCGUUGCUGCAGCCUGGCCCGACACCUGGUGGCGCUGAUGGCCGACCCGCUGCAGACGGCGUCGGUCCAGUGGCUGGAGAGGACGCUGGACGACAGCGCCAACAGGUAA